UGAUGACAUCUCCCGGUAUAAACACGGGCGGUCCAAUAUUCCUCGGUAAUUAGCUGCAGUCGGGACCCAGGGGACGGAUGAACCUAAUUCUCCGGUGUCUAAACGAACACUCCCGACACAAACCGACCAAGUCCCCCCGUUGCUAACGGUAGUUUUUGAGGAAUAGAAACUGUUUUCGUCAGAGCUGCGUAGACGAGGGACCGGAGGACCGGGCGGUUCUUCUCUCUACAUUGACCUGAGUUAAUGGUCACUUCCCCGCCUGUCGUCCGGUGCUGCAGCAGCUCUGACCCGCUCCUUUCUGUGGAUGGUACCGGGAAAAGAAGCAGAAUGGAGUUUCGGUGGAGCCUCCCCCGAUGCUCCCACACGGUGAGGUAACCGGAGCGGGACGGGGUUACCUCACGCUCACACAUCACAGAGCAGCGACCUGUUGCCGGUGACGCAGAGAGGAUGAACGGAGCCGCAGCAACGUUACUCCUGCUGCUGGUCAGCGGCCGCGCUGCCUUCACUGUCUCCCGCUCCCUGAACGCACCGCAGGACGGAGUGGUUCUGCCUCCGGACGGACUGACAGACGGUACCGACGCUCUGACCGCAACCGUGACAGGUGUGGACAGACGGCGGCACCCCCUGCUGGAGAAGAUUCGUCCCUUUGUCGUGGUGGACGGACAGAGACAGAGCCUCGCUGAAGCUCUACAGGACGGACACCCUGACCGGCUGCAGUGUGGACUGGAGGUGGGAGGACGACUUUUCCUGCUGGACCUGGAGAAGAACCACGACCUGCUGCCCAAACCCCCCAACAUCUUUUACUACCUGCCCAACGGCACCGGAGUGUCUGUGAAAGCCCACCCUGUGACUCACUGUUAUUACCACGGCAGCGUCAGAGGGUUCCCUCAGUCCAGAGUGGCUCUGAGCACCUGCUCCGGACUCCGAGGCGUCAUCGCCAUCAACUCCACGCUGAGCUUCGAGCUGCAGCCGCAGGACGACGGCCUCCGUCACCCGCACCUCCACCAGGGGGAGGAGGAGGAGGGGGGAGGAGGGGAGAGCGGAGGAGAUGGUAUCCACCUGCUGUUCUCCACCAGUCCUCUGGAGGGCGACAGAGCUGGAGGUUGCGGGGUUUCCCACACCGCUGUCCCGCCCAUCCACAGCUCCACACACACACACAGGAGGAAGAGAGACAUCCUGUCUGAGACCAAGUACAUCGAGCUGGUGCUGGUGGUCGACCACCAGGAGUUCCUGAAUUACCAGAAGAACAACAAGACCAUCAUGUACCGGAUGCUGGACGUGGCCAACCAGGUGGACUGGUUCUACCGCCCUCUGAACGUGCGGGUGGCGCUGACCGGUCUGGAGAUCUGGAGCGACCGAGACAAGAUCCGGGUGGAGAAGAGUCCGACGGACACUCUCAACAACUUCCUGGAGUGGAGAACCAGAGAGCUGCUGCCGCGCCUUCGCCAUGACAACGCCCAGCUCGUCAUGGGCGGGUCGUUUGACGGCACAACGGUGGGGAUGGCGUCUCAGUCAUCCAUGUGCUCCAGAGACAGGUCAGGAGGAGUCAACGUGGAUCACCUGGUCAGCGUUCUGGGCGUGGCCUCCACUGUUGCUCACGAGCUCGGUCACAAUCUGGGGAUGAGCCACGACACCGCCGAACGCCGCUGCGCCUGCCAGAACGAACCGCGGCUCGGAGGAUGCAUCAUGGAGCCGUCAACUGGGUUCAUGCCGGGUCAGCAGUUCAGCAGCUGCAGCGCCGCAGACCUGUCCGUCAGCCUGCUGCACGGAGGCGGGAUGUGUCUGUUCAACGUGCCGCAGCCGGACCACCUGCUGGGGGGGCCGCGCUGUGGGAACCUGUACGUGGAGAAAGGAGAGGAGUGUGACUGCGGCCUGCUUGAGGAGUGUGAUGACCCGUGCUGUAACGCCUCCACCUGUCGGCUGGUUCCUGGAGCUCAGUGUUCAUCUGAUGGAAUCUGCUGCCAGGACUGUAAAUUGCGGUCAGCGGGCUCAGUGUGUCGGGAGCCACUGGGGGAAUGCGACCUCGCCGAGUUCUGCACCGGCUCCUCCCCCCACUGCCCCCCCAACGUCUUCCUGCAGAACGGAGAGCCCUGCGAGGACGGCGCCUCCUACUGCUACGGAGGAGUCUGCGCCAGCAUGCACACCCAGUGCCAGAUGCUGUGGGGCCCCAACGCCACCUCUGCUCCAGCUGUUUGUUUCUCAUCAGUCAACAAACAGGGAAACAAAUAUGGAAACUGUGGUCAGCUGACCAACGGCUCCUACAUCCCCUGUGGACACUCGGACGUUCACUGUGGCAGGGUCCAGUGUCAGGGGGGGAGGGAGCGCCCCCUGCUGGGCACCAACGCAGAGAUCCUCACCACCACGGUCCACUUCAACCACAGCGACCUGGUCUGCAGAGGAACCUACUUCCACCUGGGUGACGACGUGUCCGACCCCGCCGCCGUGGCCCAGGGUACCGCCUGCGGGCCCGGAAAGGCCUGUUUGAACCGGAGGUGUCAGGACGCGUCGGUGUUCGGCGUGGACGAGUGUCGCGGGAAGUGUAACGGUCACGGGGUGUGUAACAGCAACAAGAACUGUCACUGUGAUGUGGGCUGGGCUCCACCUGACUGCAGGUACUCAGGUCAUGGAGGCAGCGUGGACAGUGGACCGGCCCGAUCUGCUCGAGAGUCUGACCCCGUCCGAGUCGCCAUGCUUGUCAUCUUCCUCUUCAUCCUGCCCGUGGUCCUCCUCUUCCUCGCUCUUCGCUUCCCUCGUUUCCGGCGGAGUCUCCUCUGUCUGGGACCGAACAGCCCGUUUCACAAAGCUCGACAACACAACCGGACUCCGGCGAUGGAGCGAGUCGACGGCAGGAACGGCGAGCAGGUCCGACCGCUGAGAUACCACCUGAACCCACCGACUGACAUCCCACUGACCCCGCCCCACAAAGAGGUUCAUGACAGACCUGCUCCUCCCUCUAAGCCACUCCCCCCUGACCCCGCCCUAAAAUCCCAGUCGCAGUCUGAUAAACUGCGACGGGCCCCCCCCACCAAGCCUCUGCCCCCCGACCCCCCCACCCCCACCGACCAGCAGCUGGUGAGUCGACCAGCUCCACCCAACAAGCCACUCCCCCCCGACCCCAUCUCACCUGCACAGGUUCCUGUCCCACUCAAACCUCUGGUGCCCAAGAAGCCCCGCCCACUGGCGCCGCCGUCCAACCCCUACCUGCCCCCCCACCCCGGGUACCCCCCCAGCACCAAACCACCCCCGCAUGGAGCCGUCGCACCUGCAGCUGCCCCCAACAGACGACCUCCUGCUCCUCCUGCUCCUCCGCUCCGACCCACAGUCCCUCAGAAAGUCCAGACGUCGCCUCCUCUUUAACCUGGG